GUCUGUGUUGGAUAUUUUGUAACAGCUAAAAAUAAGCAGAUAUCAAUUUUGGAUAGUGCUGGUUGCCUGGAACCUAAUUACAGUGAUUUCACACUAGAUACAUAAUGAGCAUAUUGAUGCAAGAUAAAUUUAGUGAACAACUAUAAAAUGCCCAGGUUUGGGUCAACAAAGACAGUUCAAGUUCAGAAUUCUGUCAGCGAUAGCACCAUGGUGGAGAAACCAACUGGAAGAAAGAGCAAGGACAAGAUUGCCUCCUUCAGCAAAACUGCAAAAGUGGAUAGGAGUGAUGUGGGAAAGGAGAUGAAAGAAAAAUCUUCCAUGAAACGUAAACUUCAGUUUAAUGUUAGUCCAUCCAGAAAUGAAGAUCGAAAUUCAGAUACAGAUUCAGAUCCAGGACAUACAAAUGAAAACUGGGGGGAGAGAUUAAUACCUUCUUACAGGACAUAUUCAGAGAAAGAAGUCCCAGAAAAGAAGAAAAUGAAAAAGGAAGCUGGAAAUAAAAAAACAGCACCUGUUAGCAUUCUUUUUGGUUACCCGCUAUCAGAACGUAAACAGAUGGCCCUUCUUAUGCAGAUGACUGCAAGAGACAACAGCCCAGAUCCUAAUUUAAAUCAUCCUUUACAAACAGUGCCAACACAAAAGAAAACUCCAAGCUCCUCAUCACGCCAAAAAGAUAAAGUUAACAAAAGAAAUGAACGAGGGGAAACUCCCUUACAUACAGCUGCCAUUAGAGGUGAUGUUAAACAAGUUAAAGAAUUAAUUAGUCUAGGUGCAAAUGUGAACGUGAAAGAUUUUGCAGGUUGGACACCACUCCAUGAAGCUUGUAAUGCUGGUUAUUAUGAUGUUGCUAAGGUCUUGAUAGCAGCAGGGGCAGAUGUAAAUACUCAAGGCUUAGAUGAUGAUACACCACUCCAUGAUUCUGCAAGCAGUGGACAUAGAAAAAUUGUAAAAUUGCUCCUCCGACAUGGUGGUAAUCCAUUCCAAGCCAAUAAACAUGGAGAAAGACCUGUUGAUGUAGCUGAAACAGAAGAACUAGAACUAUUAUUGAAAAGAGAAGUUCCUAUUUCUGAUGAUGAAGAUGGCUGUUCAGAUCUUGAUGAAGCACCAUCUGUAAAUCCUUCCAGCAUAGAUGGCAAUAUGGAUUCUGAGACAGAGAAGGAAUCUCUAGCUAAUGACAACAAACAUGUUUCUAAUAAGACACCUCUUUCAUCUGCUCUUGAUGAAUAUGAAUUUAAAGAUGAUGAUGAUGAAGAAGUUAAGAAAAUGAUUGAUGAUAGACAUAUUCCUCGGAAAGAUCUGAGAAAAGAGGAUACAUCUGAAAUAGAACAAAGUAAUCUAUUUCUUACACAGGAAAAGCUAUCAUUUCCAAAAUCAUUUAAAAAUAAAAAACAGAAGCCUUCUAGAGUCCUGUAUUCAAGUUCUGAAAGCUCAGAUGAAGACAUUCUUCAAGACAAAAAGAUAAUGACUCCUUCAUGUACUGUUACAGAAAUUUCAAAUUCUGAUGCAAAGAUUAAAAAAGAAUAUGUUUAUAAUGAAUAUAAACAAAAAGGAAAAGUUAAAAGAAAACUAAAAAAUCAAAGCAAAAAUAAAGAGAACCAGCAAUUAAAACUAGAAAAAGAUAAUUCCAGAGUGACAAACCUGGGUGUUUCCAUGUUAGAAUCUUUAGACAAAAGCAAAGAAGAUGAUAAUUUCCGAAAAACAUUUAGCCCAAAGGAAGAUUCUUCUUUGCCUUUACUCCAUAUUACUCCUAGCAGAUCUCCUAAACAUCCAUGUGGCAUAAAUGAAAAACAGUCUUCAACACCUAAACAAGAAAAUGUUAAAACUUGUUUAUCUCCAGGAGGGUCUGAGGUAACUUCACAAUCUGAAUUAAUUCGAUAUGAUCAUAAUGCAGAUUCUGAUUUUCUUUUGGAAAAUUCUAGUGGUAAAUCUUACAAGAACAGAGAUAAAAGUAAGCAUCAGAAAGAAUUUAUCUUAGAAUUUAGUGAGAAAUCCAGUCCUAAACUUAAAGAGGAAGAUAACAGUCCAUUCUUUGAAAAUUCUGACUCUAUGAUGAAGAAGAUUGACAAGGAGGGAAAAACACUUAAAAAGCAUAAAUUGAAGCAUAAAGAAAAGGAAAGGGAUAAGCAUAAAAAGGAGCAGGAUGGAGAGAAAGAAAGAUAUAAGCAUAAGGAGAAUUCCAAGGAUGUCCAAAGGAAUGUUGAGUUUGAUAGAGAAUUUUGGAAAGAGAAUUUUUUCAAAAGUGAUGAGACAGAAGAUAUGUCAACUGUAGACCAUGACCCUCAAAUGUCAGAGAAGAAAUCUAAACUGGAAAAGGUCUUAAUUAAAGAAGACAAAUAUGUGAAAGAGAGAAGCUUUCAGAAAGAUAAAAAUUUUAGAGAGGAAAAAGAGAGAGAAAAAAUUAAAAAAGAAAAUGACAAGGAAGAGAAAACAAAAGAAGAUAGCAUAUUUAUUGAUAAAGAAGCGGAAUUUUUUUGUUUAGGUGUUAGGGACAUAGCAACAAGUAUAACUUUUACAGAAAAGGAAGACAUUGAGAAACAAGAAAAAAAGGAUCAUAGAGAAAAAAAUGAGAAGCGGAACUCUGCUAUUGAAAAAAUAGAAAGAAAAAAUACAGAUAAAGAAAAAAAAAUAAAAUGUGAACAUAAAUCAGAAAAAGAUAAAUCAGACUCUCUUGAAAAUGAAAAGACAAAAGAAAAGGAAAAGGUGUAUUUUCAACAAGCAGAAAAAACUAAUAAAGAACAUGAUAAAUUAAAAAGCUUUAAUACUAUUAAAAAACUUGAUGACAAAGAAAAAAUCAAAGAAAGGUUUGAAAAGAAGCAUGAUAAAGAAAAAAAUGAUAGAUUCUUGUCUGAAUGUAAAGAAAAAUCCAGCAAUGAUAAGAAAUGCAAGAGUUCUGAAAAGGAUGGUGAAUAUUCAAAAGUGGAGAAAGGAAGAAACAAAGAAAAGGAAAUGGAGAAAAAAGAGAAGUCAAAAGAACGGGACAGUUCAGUAACUACAAACAUAAAGCAAACAGCGGAAGAGAAAAAAUGCAGUAGUGAAAAAACUUUAUUCUUAAAAGAGAAGCCAAAGGAUGAAUUGCUGAAAACUCCUGAUGGAAGAGAAAAGGAUAAAAAAGAUAAAGAUAUUGACAGAUAUAAAGAGCGUGACAAAUAUAAAGAUAAAAUACAGCAAAAUAAUGUACCUAAAUUAAAAUCUGAAACUGAAAAGCUUAAAUCUAAACCAUUACCAGUGUCUAAAGACACUCGACCUAAAGAAAAGAGAUUGUUAAAUGAUGAUUUGAUGCAGACAAGCUUUGAAAGAAUGCUUAGUCUUAAAGAUCUGGAAAUUGAACAGUGGCAUAGAAAACACAAAGAAAAAAUAAAACAGAAAGAAAAAGAAAGAUUAAAGAAUCGAUCCUGUACAGAACUUAACAAAAUAAAAGAUAAAGACAAAAUAAAAUAUUCACUUACUGAAUCAAAGAACAAAGAACUGAUUCGUUCAAAAAGCUCAGAGUUAUCAGAUGCUUCUGGAAAGGAUAAGCAGCUAAAGGAUGCUACCAGUAGUAGGUCGCAGUCAGUUGAUAUAAAAAGUUCUGGUGGAAAACCAUCCCUAGCAUUGGACAAUAGCUUAAGUAGGUCUCCUAGAUCAGAAAGUGAAAAAACUGGACUAACAUCCAGAUCAAUAUCCAUGAUUUCAAUUGCUAGCUCAGAGGAUUCUUGCCAUGCUACAGUAACUCCUCCAAGACCUGUUAUUGAAUAUGAUUCAGAUUUUAUGCUUGAAGGAUCUGAUUCUCAAAUGUCUUUUUCACAUUCACCAUUUUUGCCAAGUGCCAAAUCACCUGCAAACUAUGAGAAUGAUAGUUUGUCAGAGUUGCCAGAGCGUAAUAAAGCACCUAUUUUAAACAGACUUCCACCAGCUUAUGUUAGAUCAGCAUCAGUCGAAGAUGUGAAAUUUGUUAUAAAUGAUUGCAGACCAGUUGUAGAAGUGCGAAGAUGCAGUAUGCCAGCUGUUUAUGAAAAUACAAAACAGUCCCGAAUAUUAGAAGAAAAUAGUCACAAUACUUUGCUCUCAGUUCAAAGUUAUAAUUCUUUUCCUAAACAUGAAUGUUGCAAUUUGCUUGAAAAGGAUUCCCAGAAUGGACUGACCAGCUUGUAUUCCAGUUCUGCUUUAUCCCCCAGUAGACCUGUUAAUAAACUUAAUGCAUUAGAUGCAGUUGGUAAAAACGCUGCUCCUUCAAGCUCAUCAGGAGAAAGUCAUACACUUUUAGAACAUAACAAUACAACCCCAUCAAGUAAAACAUGGGAUGUGCCUUUGGAUAAAUGUAUUUCAUUAAAUAGUGAGUGUUCCUGUUCAACCUAUGCAGGCUGUGAGCCUGAUACAACAAAUGUCUCAGCCAUAACUAAUUUUGAAAAUAAAACUAUGAAAGAGCAGAAAAAUUCUGAACGUUUUUGUCAUCAUGCUGAAAGCAUAUCAAAUCCUACAUCACAGGAUAUGGCAGAAUUUUUGUCUGUUCAGUCAUGUUGCCCUUCUCAGAUUCAGCCAAGCACAGAUUCAAUCUAUAUGUCAAAGCAUGUAGCUUUGUCAGAUACAAACAGCCAAGAGCUUCUGAUUAAGAACCCACAAAGUUCCAUUCAACCUAGCAAUUCAAUAUUAGACAUAGAUGCUACCAGCAAAAAAAAGAUAGAAAAAAAUGUCUUCUUGUCAAACAAUAAGAAGGCAGAUAUGUUUAUCACAGUUUAUCCUGAAAGUGUUACUAAAGAUAUUUCACAAAAUUUUGAAAAGGAUUUUGUUGCAAAUGAUCCUCGCUUACACACUAGUGCAAGUUCAUCUGUAGUAAGUAAGCUCAUUUAUAAAACAUCACAAAUUGAUGAACUAGAUCAUAGCAUAAUUGAUAUUCAGUUCCAAGGUGAAAAAGUCCAGUCCACUGACAUCUGUUCAUCCCAUAUGGCUGGUAAUAAAAAUGACCUAGAUCUACAGGAUCUAAAUGGUAGAGCACUGAAAGGAAUUACAAAUGAGUACAAUAGAAAAUUUUUUAAUAUAGACAGUGCAGAAAACAGUUCAAUGGAAGAAAACCUGCAACAGUACCUGUCGUCUAAUUUGGAAAGCCAUUCACAGUUAACUGGACAUGAAGUACAUAAAUAUAGUCCAACUAUUAAAUCAGAAUUGGAAGAAGCUGUAGAAGAUCCUAAAGCACAACAGUAUGAAAUUCCUCAAAGAAUUACAAGGAAUAGAGCAAAUAUGCUUGCUAAUCAAAGUAAACAGAACCUUUCUGGUUGCUCCCAGAUCUCAGAAAGAGAUUUUGACUCAUCUGCCUCUUUAAAAGGACGAAUAAGAUUAACUGAGGAAGAUGAUGCUCAAACACAUCAUCCACGUAAAAGAAAGCUGUCACGUGUUCCUCAGCCUGUUCAAAUAAAUCCAUCUUUAAUGCAAGCUAAAGAAAAAACUCAUCAGUCUCUGGCAGCUAUUGUAGAUUCUCUAAAACUAGAAGAGAUUCAGCCAUAUAGUUCAGAGAGAGCAAAUCCAUAUUUUGAAUAUUUGCAUAUAAGGAAGAAAAUAGAAGAGAAACGUAAAUUACUAUGUAGUGUUAUUCCUCAAGCACCUCAGUAUUAUGAUGAAUAUGUAACCUUCAAUGGAUCGUACCUCCUAGAUGGCAAUCCCCUGAGCAAGAUAUGCAUUCCAACAAUCACACCACCACCAUCACUAUCUGAUCCACUUAAGGAACUCUUUAGACAGCAAGAAGUUGUAAGAAUGAAACUCCGUUUACAACACAGUAUUGAAAGGGAAAAGCUUAUUGUUUCCAAUGAGCAAGAAGUACUACGAGUCCAUUAUCGAGCAGCAAGAACUUUAGCAAAUCAGACUUUGCCCUUCAGUGCGUGUACAGUACUGCUGGAUGCUGAAGUAUAUAAUGUGCCUCUGGAUACACAGACUGAUGACAGUAAAACAUCAGUUAGAGACCGAUUUAAUGCAAGGCAAUUUAUGUCAUGGUUACAGGAUGUGGAUGAUAAAUUUGACAAAUUAAAGGAAACAAGACAGGAGUCCUCAACUUUAUAGAACGGAAAAUAUGGAGGAUUGAUUCAUACACAGUACAAUCCAAAGUAAAACCCAUUGAAUUUAGAACAGGUAGUCCUCGCUUACCGACCACUCAUUCAAGGACCGUUCAAAGUUAUGACGGUGCUGAAAAAAUAACUUUACGACCAUUUAUGACCUUCGCAGCAUCCCUCAGUCGCAUGACCACCAUUAUAGUCAGUACGCAUUGUCCUGUGUCUGACCUGUUGUUUUUCUUUUUUUUCCCCCUUGUGGAGUGGAGAGAUUGGAAAAGAAGGGAUUAGAAAAGAGUAAGCAGGCACACAAUGGGGAAUACACAUCAAAAGCAUUGUGCUGGCACCAGCAGCUGCAAGCAUACUCAGCAAACAGCCAGUGUAUUACACAUUGUGUGCCUGCUUACUCUCUUCUAAACUCUUCAUCUCCAAUCUCUCUACUAUGUGGGGGUGGGGGGUGGCAGAGGAGAGAUUGCCUAUAGAAAUUGCUUGGCAGGGCCCUUCUUUUCCAGGGGGGAAGAAGAGGGGCUGAGGUUGGCAUGUGGAAAAGGGAGGAGGAUAGGGAAGUGCCAGAGCGACUUGGGCAUUGAUGGGGGUGGGGGAGAGAGAGGCGCAUGGGUGUUUCCUCUCUCUUGCUUUGCAGACCCUGGCGGGGCAGUGUGGUUGGAAAGGAAGGGAUCGAUGAAGGGAGAAGGGGGGGGCUUCCAGUUGUGCACAUUGCAGGAAGGGCCUGUGGGUGCCUUCUCUCUGCAAGCACGCCAGGGAAGAAACUCCAGCUGCAUGCAACUUGGAAUGUCAAACGGCCAGGAAGGUGCCCCUUUGGAUGCCUUCAGAUUCAGGGCCAGCCAGGAAGAGAUGUGCAGGAGGUGAUGGGUAUCUUUCCGAGGCAGAAUCCCAGUCUCCUCUGUGGCCAAAUAGGAGUAAGGGCCCUGAUAGGAGCAGCAGACAAGGGAAGCCACCUCGCCACUCUACUCCACUUAGGGCUGCAUCCAACAGGGCCCUUGGCAAAGCCCCAUCCUUUACCACUUCUCCCUCCUCACCUUCCAGUGUCCAUAUUGGGCUAGGGAUGCCUUCCCCCACAGUAUGCAUGACUGCAAUCCCCCCCUUCUCCCCUCAUUGAUCCCCUCCUGCGUAAAUGCACUGCCCCACCUGGGUCUGCAAAGCAAGAGAGGAAACACCCGCGUGCCUCUCUCUCCCCUGCUUCUGUCAAUGCCCGUCACUCCAGCACUUCCCUGCCCUCCUCCCCCUUCCACAUGCCAAACACAGCCCCUCUUCUCCCCUCGCCCACCCAGAAAAGGCAGUCUCUCCUCUGCCCCCCCUUGCAAAGCAGAGAGAUUGGAAAUGAAGGGAUUACAAGAGAGUAAGCAGGCACACAAUGGGGAAUAUACCAUCUGUUUUCCAAGCACACUCACAACUGCCAGCACCAGUGCAUUGCUUUUGAUGUGCAUUCCCAAUAGUGGCCUUACUCUCUUCU